AUGGUGAUGGAAGUUACGGAGACGACGGAGCGUUGGUGCGUUGUAACCGGUGGUAGAGGAUUCGCUGCUAGGCAUCUCGUGGAAAUGCUAUUACGGUACGAGAUUUUCCAUGUCCGCAUUGCCGAUUUAGCUCCGGCGAUAAACCUCGAGCCUCACGAAGAGACUGGAGCUCUCGGCGAAGCAAUCAGAUCCGGUCGAGCUCACUAUGUCUCCGCUGAUCUCAGGAAUCAAGCUCAAGUUGUCAAAGCUUUUGAGGGAGCAGAAGUUGUGUUUCACAUGGCAGCUCCAGAUUCAUCCAUCAAUAACUAUCAGCUUCAUUACUCAGUGAAUGUUCAAGGGACAAGAAAUGUAAUUGAUGCUUGUGUUGAGGUUGGAGUAAAGAGGCUCAUCUACACAAGCUCUCCGAGUGUCGUCUUUGACGGAGUCCAUGGUGUUUUGAAUGCCAAUGAAACAAUGCCCUACCCACCCAAGCACAAUGACUCAUAUUCAGCAACUAAAGCUGAAGGGGAAGCUUUGGUCUUGAAAGCAAACGGAAGAAAUGGACUACUCACUUGUUGCAUACGUCCGAGCAGCAUAUUUGGUCCUGGUGAUAAAUUAAUGGUUCCAUCGCUUGUAGCUGCUGCUAGAGCUGGGAAAUCCAAGUUCAUUAUAGGUGAUGGGAGUAACCUCUAUGAUUUCACUUAUGUUGAAAACGUUGUGCAUGCCCAUGUAUGUGCUGAGCGAGCUCUAGCAUCAGGAGGAGAAAUAUGUGCAAAAGCUGCAGGCCAGGCAUACUUCAUUACCAACACGGAGCCAGUUAAAUUUUGGGAGUUUAUGUCACAGCUUCUUGAAGGGCUUGGCUAUGAGAGGCCAAGUAUAAAGAUACCUACGAUUAUCAUGAUGCCAAUAGCUCAUCUUGUUGAACUGAUAUAUAAAUUACUGGGACCGUAUGGGAUGAAAGUACCUACGCUUACACCUUCUAGAGUUAGGCUGCUCUCUUGCACCAGAACUUGUGAUUCCUCAAAAGCAAAGGAUCUUUUAAGCUAUGCUCCUGUUGUGCCGCUUCAGGAAGGUAUACGGAGGACGAUAGACUCGUUCUCACACUUGUCAGCUCAAAAUCAACAUAAAAGAGAGGCUGGUGAUACGCUUCUGCGGAAGGCUAAAAAGCAAAGUCUCAUUGCUCUAUUGAUUCUUAUUACAAUCUAUUAUAACUUUGUUGCAACCACGGGCUCUUCCGUCAUAACUGCUCUUUCCAAGGUUUUGUUGGUAGCAUCAAUUUUUCUCUUCUUCCAUGGCAUUCUACCAGAGAAAAUGAAAUUAUUCGGGAGCAAGAAGAGUGUUUAA